AUGUCUAUUCCAGAGACGCAGAAGGCUGUUAUUUUCUACGAAAACGGCGGGGAGCUCAAGUACACCGACAUCCCGGUGCCCAAGCCCAAGCCCAGCGAGCUGCUCAUCAACGUCAAGUACUCGGGUGUCUGUCACACUGAUUUACACGCGUGGAAGGGCGACUGGCCGCUGCCCACGAAGUUGCCGCUCGUGGGCGGUCACGAGGGCGCAGGUGUUGUUGUUGCUAUGGGGGAGAAUGUGCGGGGUUGGAAGAUCGGUGAUUUCGCCGGGAUCAAGUGGUUGAAUGGGUCGUGCAUGACAUGUGAAUAUUGUGAGAAGUCCAAUGAGUCGAAUUGUCCCGACGCGGACUUGUCUGGGUACACGCACGAUGGGUCGUUCCAGCAGUAUGCUACUGCGGACGCGGUGCACGCGGCCAAGAUUCCGCAAGGUACGGAUUUGGCGCAGGUGGCGCCGGUGUUGUGCGCUGGUAUCACGGUGUACAAGGCGUUGAAGUCGGCCAGGUUGCAGGCGGGCGAGUGGGUUGCAAUUUCCGGGGCGUCCGGUGGUCUUGGGUCGCUGGCGGUGCAGUACGCGAAGGCGAUGGGGUACCGGAUUCUUGGUAUUGAUUCGGGAGAGGAAAAGAAGAAGCUGUUCAAGGAGCUUGGCGGAGAGUACUUCAUCGACUUUGCCGAGAGCAAGGAUGUUGUUGCGGAGGUGAUCAAAGUGACGAACGGGGGUGCACACGGGGUGAUCAAUGUUUCUGUUUCGGAGGCGGCUAUCGCGGCGUCUGCGGAGUAUUGCAGGUCCAACGGGACGGUUGUUUUGGUGGGGUUACCCGCCGGGGCGCAGAUGAGGUCGGAGGUUUUCUCGCACGUGGUGAAGUCUAUUUCGGUGGUGGGGUCGUAUGUUGGUAACCGGGCGGAUUCCAGGGAGGCGAUUGAUUUUUUUACGCGGGGGCUGGUGAGCGCGCCGAUCAAGGUUGUUGGCUUGUCGCAGUUGGCUGAGGUGUACGAGAAGAUGGAGAAGGGGAUGAUUGCUGGGCGGUAUGUUGUUGACACUUCUAAAUGA